CUCCCAGCCGGAGCCGCCAUUCUGACCCUGGGAUUCAGGUGCGCACUGAUGACGCGGUGUCUGGUGACCACAAGUAACGUCACUGUGACGCGCCGGGAAACACAGACACGUGAGUGGUGCCGGACAGGAAAGGAGAUGCUGCGCGUGGGACCCGGUAGUCUCGCAAUCACCGGGGGUAGCCGGCUCCUGGGGCACCGAGUCGGGAUCGAUUGCUGCCCCUUUCACUUGGAUUGUAGUUUAUUGGAGAAGCAGAGUGCAGCCCCAGGACAGGAGGGCUCGGCAGAUCCUCAUGUAUCGGAUAAGAUCCUCGCUGCUGCCUUCUCACCUUCGGGGGAAUAUUUUGCCCUCACAGAUGAUAACAAGAGGCUGGUUCUGUUCCGGACCAAACCAGUGUGGGAGAAAAUCAGUGUGAGGUGGGUGUCCCGACGCUGUACAGCUCUCACCUUCUCUCCCUGUGGGAACCAUAUCCUGGUGGCAGAUAAAUCCGGUGAUGUUUUCUCAUUCUCUGUGCCGCGGGCCCUGGAGCAGGGCCGACUGGAGCUGGGACAUCUCUCCAUGUUGCUGGAUGUGACCAUCAGUCUGGAUGGGAAACACAUAAUCACCUGCGACCGCGAUGAGAAAAUCCGUGUGAGCUGCUGGGGGGCCCCCCAUGUCAUCAUGUCCUUCUGCCUGGGACACACAGAGUUUGUGUCCCAGCUGCUGCCCCUCCCUGGGCAAGAGAAACUGCUCCUCUCCGGCUCUGGGGAUGGAACUCUGCGCCUCUGGGAAUAUGAGUCUGGGAAAGAAGUUCACAGUGUGACCCUGAGGAGCCUCGCCCAUGAACUGGAGGAUCAGGAGAACAAGAGAUUCGCGGUCUCUAGGAUCAGCUGCUGCUCCUGCAACGGAAUCCAACUGGCAGUGCUGUGUGAAGGGGUUCCCGGCAUAUUCCUGUUUUCUGUGUCCCCUGAGCCACGCCUCACAUUCACACAGUAUAUAGCACUCACUCACACACCCAUAGACUUGGACUUUGAUGGUUCCGCCUUCCUAUGGGUUCUGUCGGGCGUCGGGGAAGAGCCACUGCUGAAGUAUAAAGAGCUGGAUGGCCAAUGGCAGUCAGUGUCAAAUGAUGAAGAAUUAACAAGGCUCACUGGGAUCAUCCAGGAGAACUGGGGAGACCUGGAAGGUGCUGGGGCCCCAGAGAGCCGCUUCGUGGGUCUGUACAAAGCAGUGUUUGAUAACAUGGCCACUUACCUACAGAAGAAAGAGUUGCGGCUGGAGAGUGAAAAGCGCAAAGCCGCAGAUGGGCAAGUGGUUCUGGCCAGCAAGGUGCAGAAAACAGAGAGUUAGCCUAGAAUCAGCGUGUGCAAAUCUGCCCCUUUGUGUCUGAUGUCGGAACUAUCCUGGGCCGGCUGAUUGGGCAUUUGCGAACUGUAUGAGGACUAAAGGGCAAGCAGGAGGGUUCAAGUCUGUUGGUGUCUCUCUACUUGGUGCUGUAUCCCCGGAGCACAAACUCCCAGGCCAAACCCAUGUCUGGUUCUGCUCCAGCAUUGACGCCACAAUGGGCACUUCUUUUACACAGCCUGCAGGCACAUGACCAUUUAGGCUCAGCCGCAAGGGAGUAUGGCUGGAAGCCAAAGAUACUCAUAGGAGCAAUAGCAAUUGUGACCCACUGUGACAUCUGUUUGAAGAAGGAAAUCCAGAUUCUUUUCAUGACCCAGGGCGGAGCUUCCUGGGCAGAGGAGGGGCUACAGAAAAUUUAUUUUGGUUCAUGUUUUUCUUUAAUAAAACUUUUACUCAGA